CCUCCUCUAUUCAAAGCUUUUCUCUUUUAUAUUUUUCUCUCAAAAACUCAGGCGCAAAGAGAGAGAGAGAGAAACAUAGAAAUGGAAUCAACAAUCUUUCAUAGAAACCAUGAAAACCCAACCUUUUUGCCAUCACCAAACAGCCACAGCUCAAACAGUAGCACCAGUAGCAGUGGCAAUGGAUUCCAACAACAACAACAACAGCAACAGCAACAGCAACAGCAACCCACACCACCUCCAACACCACCAUCAUUUCCACACCAAGCACCAAAACCCAUCACCAGAUCCGAAUCCGCCAACCCUUACCCGACUACCUUUGUCCAAGCAGACACUUCCUCCUUCAAACAAGUAGUCCAAAUGCUCACCGGAUCCUCCGAGACUGCAAAGCAAGCAUCUCUAUCUAACAACAACAACAACAACUCAGUACCCGACCCGCCAUCCAAGACCCAUAUCCCACCCAUCAAAUCCAUGAUGCCCAAGAAGCAAAACCAAUCCGGGUUCAAACUGUAUGAGCGUAGAAACUCCAUCAAGAACCUCAGGAUCAACCCCUUGAUCCCAAUCUUCGCCGCUUCUGGUUCUUCACACAAUUCCCUAUCUGGGUUUUCGCCACGUAAGCCUGAGAUCCUCUCUCCGAGCAUUCUUGACUUCCCUGCACUCGCUCUCAGCCCGGUUACUCCUCUCAUACCCGACCCGUUUGACCGAUCCGCCAAUGCUAAGCCGGGUUUGGACACCGAAGCUGAGGAAAAAGCCAUUAAAGAGAAGGGCUUUUUUUUGCAUCCAUCGCCAAGCACUACACCCAGAGAAUCGGAGCCACCACGGCUUUUGCCUCUGUUCCCAACUACUUCGCCUAGAGUUUCAGAAUGGGGGGUCAAAAUGGGGUGGGGUCUAGAAUAAAUCAAUAAAUCCAUUGGUGCUGAUGACCAUAGUAGUACAGUUUGAGCCACAUGAGAAUUUUGAUAUUAAAAGGGGACCCAUCAAAUUUAGCAGCCCACAAGGUGAGUUUCACAAGUCAAGGUCCUUUGAUACUAAGCUUUGAAAUUGAAUUACCUGUAAAAAGAGCAAUCAUGCAAAUGUGGUUCCUUCUUUGAAUCUUAAUACUGUUUUGAGUUUGCUUUUUGACUCGAAAGGAGACCAAAAACUGUGGUGAAUGGGGACAUUAGGAAAAGAAAAGAAUGCGUAGGAGGGGAAAGUGGGACUUGUGAUGAUGAAAGG